AUGGCCUAUACUGAUGAUGCCGUGAAGGCGAAGUUAUCAGCUCUCAAUGAGACCCAGGAGUCCAUUGUCACUGUUGCCCAAUGGGUCAUGUUCCAUAGACGACACGCCGACCGGACAGCCCAGCUUUGGCUAGAGAAACUACGUGAUGCAAAUCCGCCAAAGAGACUCAAUCUUAUCUAUCUAGCCAAUGAGGUUGCUCAGCAAUCAAAGGGAAGACGCAAGGAGGACUUUCUCAUCGCAUUCUCGCCGAUCAUUGCAGAUGCGACUGCAACUGCCUUCAAGGGUGCUUCAAACGAGAUCCAACAAAAACUGAGACGUGUGGUAGAAGUCUGGAGACAACGUUCGAUUUUUGAAAAACCUAUUCAAGACGCCGUUGAGGCACGGGUUGAAGAGAUUGAUAAGUCCAAGCCCGCAGGCAAGAAACCUCUCCUCGGAGGUUCUCUUUUCUCAAGUUCUCCAGGCUCGCUUCCCCAGGAGCUCCAACCUCUUGCUCCACUGCAAGUUGCAACGUCAAAGGCUUCCAUUUCAUCUAACGCCACUGUGACGACCGCAAAUACCGAAUAUGACAAGCUGAACGGCCCAUCUGCUGAAAUCCCUACUCCUCCCGUAUAUGCAGCUCGACUAAGCACGCUUCUAAAGUCACUUGCUAAUGCUGAAAGUUCCGUGUCUGAGGUUAUAAAGUGCCGUCAAUCACUCAUUGAGGGACUCGAAAAAGUCCUUGAUACCAAUAGAGCGGCUUUGGUAAAGGAGAAAUCCCAGGCUGAGCAAUUGUCGUCCCGCAGGAUAGAGACUGAGAACAAGAAGCGAGACGUCGAAGAUGCUAUAAUUCGUGGACUUACCGCAGACGAUUCAUCAGCCCAGCAAGCAAAUGGCGGUGCGGCUUGGGCGGACCACAAGAACUCAUUUGGGGGUGAAGAGCUAGAAGCUCCAGCUGUUGAGGCCCUUACUCCACCCCCGGUCGAGGCUUUGACCCCAGUUCAAUCCCCCACGCUAAAUCCCAGCUCCAACAGCCAGAAUGAACAGCAGCCAAACACUAUACCCAGCCAUACAAAGCCAACACCCAGUGGAGCUGCGGGCGGUUUCGGAGACCAAGCCCAAAUGCCUUCCAUUGACUUGAAUGCCACGCUCUCGUCUCUCCAAGCUGUUGCCAACACGCCUUCUAACGACACUUCAGCUAGUGAGAUGGCCACCAAAAAGCGGAAAGUUAGCCAUGCUCAGGAUAGCUACCCUGAAUUCGAGGGGGGAGAUGCCAUGGCUGAUCUGGACGCGGAUGUAGCCGAGCUGCUGAGACAAGAAAGCAGUAAGCAUUGA